AUGGAUCAGGUUUUAUAUUUUAGCCAGAAGAUUAGGGAUGCCCACAAUCUCAAACUCACAAAUCAUACUGUGGCUGCCUUUCUUGAUUUAUCCAAAGCCUUUGACAGGGUCUGGAAGUACAAACUUGUUUGCAAACUUUACAGGACUUUUAAGUUAAGGGGGAGAAUUCUUCCUUGGUUUGCUGAGUUCCUGAAGGCCAGGUAUAUUAGAGUGAAGUUUAGAGACACCAUGUCAGGAAAAUUUAGAUUGAGCCAGGGUAUCCCACAAGGAUCUGUACUCAGCCCUACUUUGUUUUCUUUCUUUCUUGCUGGAAUUGAGGCUGAGGCCAAUUCUGAUCACUAUCAGGAUGAAUCCCAGGUCUAUCAGGUUGCUUCUUCUGGCAACCUCAAUAAACUAGAAAGGGUUCAACUCUCUGCUGCCAGAGUCAUCACUGGCCUCUGCAAUAGUUGCCCCAGGGAUGUUGUAUUGUAUGAAGCUGACUUGCAACCUCUCAGACUACAUAGCAAAUACCUCUUAGCUAAAUGCUUUGCCAAACUCAUCACUUAUGGUGACCAGCACAGAACAUCUAGUUAUGUGCACAGUUGGAGUAAUAAUCGCCGCUUCAAAAGAGAAAGUCUGCUUAGCCAUGCUGAAAGUGAGAAAUUGCCACCUGGGUCAGGCAAGAUAUUUGUUCUUCUUGGAGGAGGGCCCCCCGUGCAUGAAUGGUAUGCAGAAAGUCGCCCUGGUGCUGUUUUAAUUAGGGUUAGAGACAGGUGCGAUCAGACAACUCUCACUAGAUUUUGA